AUGGAAAUUAACUUACUAACUUGCAUUCCGGCUCGGUGAGGUCAUUUCUCUGCUAUAUACUGAUUUGCUACACAGCGAGCUUUGCUCGUUAUGAAAUUGCAUUGAACACUAGUGCAUGAGUGUAUUUAACUGCAGAAAAUGACAGGUAUUAUAGACAGUAUUUCGACAAAAUUGUAUAGGCCUACUGCCAGUCCGAAUUGAGCCGUAUUGUAAUUUUUUCAUGUAUAUGUGUAUAUUUAUCCUGUAAUACUUAUGCUUGACCAUUAUGCAUUAUCUAAUUUUCUAGUCGUUUCCUCUACUUACCUUCGAUACCAACCUACAGCGAAACUGCUGCUGAAAUUUUCUGUCUGACAAUCUGGUCAGGGACGUUUUGCUUUAUUUUGGGUUAUAUUUCCAUAUUUACCUGCGUAUCGUUGACUAUCGAACGUUGGAUAGCUGUCGUCAAACCCAGCGCAUAUCGCUCAGUGAAACCAAAACACGCUGUCGCAGCUGUGAUCCUUGCCUGGAUCUGUGGUAUAGCCGUGAACGCCUCAACUUUCUUUCGACUAAAAUACGAUCCUGAUAAAAUUAUCUGCAGAUGGACGCCUUUGCCUUUCGCAGCGAAAGAGGCUCCAUGGAUACAUUUAACAGUGCAGUCAAUCAUUCCUUACACCACUAUGGUAGUGUUGUAUGCGCAUAUCUAUUCCCGAAUGAAGAAUCUACCUCAGAUUUCUUCAAAUCGCGAUUCCCAACUCAGAAAGGUCACAGUUGUAGCAGUAUUGGCAUGCUCGGCUCUGAUUAUCGGAUGGCUUCCAGGCCGGGUCACAUUCAUGCUAUCAAAGUUUGGUUAUCUUCAUCCAGAUGGUAUCAUACACACUUCGUGUGUAAUGAUAACCUUUUGUAAUAGUUGUGUUAAUCCAGCGCUCUAUGGGAUGUACAGCCCUAGGUUCCGUGCAGAGUACAAAGUUGUGUUCAAUAAAGCAUUCAAAAUGUGCGCUUCUUCUAAUUCCUUUGCUGUGCCGCCCGCGAACGAAUCCGCUGAUGUACGUCCGUUACCCUUAGUUUCAAUCAACGGUUCUUCUGCAGUACGUUCGUUACAUUAA